AUGGAGCCGCCAGUUCCAGACUCUGCAUCCAUCCAAGGCGCCCACAAAAGGGCCCUCCAUGGUAAAAAAUCGAUAGCUAAAUAUCCAAAGGCUUUCGAUUCACCAGCAUACGAUGCGUCUGAAGAAGACAACGAUCCGUUGACGGACGACGGCUCUUCAGCUGUAUCUGUACCGGCGCCCUCUCGAUUUCCAAAUAUUUCUGCAAAGUUGAACAGUACCUCCAAGGGGACAGUUACUCGCGCCAAGCAUCAUUUGGCCUCCAGCUUCCUAUCCGACUCUGACGGCGUCGAUUCCCCCACCUACGACGGUGACAUCGAAUCCAGUACAACAGCAGGCCCAGAUAUCGUUUCGUCCAAGAUAUCCCAUCACCACCACGCUUCGUCGACAUCCACCCUGAACACCCCAAUUACGCCUGCUUUUCUACCACCUACCCUUCAUUCCGGAACCAUAGAUUCAGCAUUAGCGUCACGGAUGCACAAGAAUGAGGUCACCUCACCAGUCUUUAUAACCAGCCCCUCCAUACCACCGCAGGUCCCGGAAGAACCCACAGUACCGACGGCAUCCCAAGAAGCCUUCAAUCCAGCGGCCUUGACUAAGGAAGACAUCCAGGCGUUCGUUCAAACAGCAAUCGAUGGUGAGACGUGGCGAAAGUACAAAAUCAGUAAACCUCCCAUCGAUAGACCUGUCCGUAUCUAUGCCGAUGGUGUUUACGAUCUCUUCCACUUUGGCCAUGCGCUCCAACUUCGCCAGGCCAAACUAGCUUUCCCAUUCGUCUAUCUGCUCGUGGGCGUUUGCUCUGAUGAACUUGUCAAGGCCAACAAAGCGCGCAGUAUUAUGGUACACGCUGAACGCCUAGAAGCAGCAAGACACUGUCGAUGGGUUGAUGAAGUCGUGCCCGAGGCACCCUGGAUCAUCGAUCAAGAAUUUUUGGACAAGUAUCAAAUCGAUUACGUCGCCCAUGAUGAAGAUCCAUACGUCGCUGAAGGACACGAAGACGUAUACUCUUUUGUCAAAAGCCAGGGCAAGUUCAUUCCUACCCGAAGGACUCCAGGUGUGUCGACCUCAGAACUUUUGGAGCGAAUCGUCUCGGGAUAUCGAAGACGAGACUUUGAUGCGAAACUGGUCAAAAUGGGACACGCAGAACUGUGCGCAGAAGGUAGUGAUUAUGAUGAGAUGAGCAGUAAAAGUGCUAGUCGAUCCAUGAGCCCAACAUAA